CCGUCAAGUAUCAUCAAAUAACCAAUCCACCAUAGUAAAAAAGUGUAUGUAAUUGUAAAGCACUGGAGCAUCUUUCCAAAUUGGGAAUAGAAGUCAAAAUAAUAUCCGACGACAAACUCCAUCUUCGUCGGUUCUUUGUCAUGAUUCCAUCACAGAAGUUGCUAAACUAUAGCUCGACGCAUCCGAUUUGAUGACCAAUGACACUUAUUUAAAUCUCCACCAACUGCAUUUACAAAAUUGAAGAUUUCAGUCCAAUGUUCAUCACAAAAAAGUCAACUGUCCAGGCCUUUAAAAUGGCUAAAUUACAGCCAUAAUUUACCAUCUUAAUCUUGCGGAUCAACGACCAUGGAGACUCUAGUUUCAACCUGGUCCAGAACUGCUCAAAUCUUACCGGAAAACUAUGUCUUCCCCAUCGGUGAAAGGCCUGGUUCUGUCGAGGUUCCUAUAUGCCAAAACAUCCCAUUGAUUGAUCUAGCUGAAGGUCAAAGUCAAAGUCAAACAAUUGACACAAUACUUGCUGCCUGUGAAGAAUUCGGCUUUUUCCAGGUGAUCAAUCAUGGAGUUUCUGAAGAUCUAAUUGAUGACACAAUGAAGGUGGUCAAAGAUUUCUAUGAUAUGCCGGAUGAAGAGAAGGCAAAAGUAUAUUCGAUUGAUCCUAGUAAAAGUUGCCAACUUUACACUAGCAGUUAUACCUAUGCUGAUGAAAAAGUUCAUUUUUGGAGAGACAAUUUGCGACACCCUUGUCAUCCUUUAGAUGAAUGCAUUCACUUAUGGCCCAAAAAACCUACCAACUAUCGCAAUGUUGUUGGGAAAUAUUCAUUAGAAGUGAGGAAGUUGUCGUUAAUAAUAUUGGAGCUAAUUCGUGAAGGACUAGGACUGAAACCAGGAUAUUUUGGAGAAGAGCUAACCGGGUCUCAAUCGUUGUCGGUCAACCAUUACCCUCCGUGCCCAGAUCCUAGUUUGACAUUGGGAUUACCGAAACACGCUGAUCCCAACGUCAUAACUGUGCUUUUACAAGGAAGCGUUUCCGGGCUUCAGGUUUUCAAGAACGGGCAGUGGUUGGGUGUUGAGCCACUGCCUCAUGCAUUUGUGGUUAACAUCGGUCACCAAUUACAGAUAAUUAGUAACGGGAAGUUGAGAAGUGCAGAACAUAGAGCAGUGACAAACUCAAGGGAAGCUCGAACCACAAUCGUGAGCUUCAUCAAUCCUUCUCCUGACACCAUUGUUGAACCAGCAAAAUCAAUGAUUAGUGAUGGUGUUCCUCUUUAUCGAAGCUUCAAAUUUAAAGACUUCCUUAAUUUCUAUGAAGAGAAAAAGGGAGACACUAAAGCAUUAAUGGAGGCUUAUAAGAUCAAAACUUAAUCGUACUUGUAUGUCUAUGGCUCUAUGCAACAUAUAAUGUAUCAAGGAGAAUCAAUAAUCAUGCUCAUUUACAGCUGUAAUAUAUUGGGAUAGCAUCCAUUCUAUGUAUAGCUCCGUAAAUUAUGCUUUGUAAGUUGUACCAAGUCCUGUAUAUAUGUACCUUUGUAUUUAUGAAAAAUACAUUGUUCAUUUA